AUGUCUAACAGUGAUAUCAAAAGCUCCAAAGGAGUAUCAGUGUUUUUUGGCAUAUGCUUCAUCAUUUUACUAAUAAUCCAUGUGGUACUUAUGCUCUGGAAAAAAUCCUGGCACAUGUUGUGGUUGAUAAUAGGUACAAUUUUAGAGCUAAGUGCGUUUUUCCAAAACAGUGCUGGACAUGGUGUUCAAAGUGUCCAAGUCAUCAUUGCUCCUAUAUUCAUAGCUGCCUCGGUGUAUAUUUCCUUUAGUGGAUUAUUGAAAAAGCUAGAGAUUCCCAAAGUAGGGUUCAAUCGAAGAUUUCAAUCUCUUUUAUUUAUUAUUGGGGAUAUCGUUUCCUUUGGUCUUCAAAUUGCUGGUGUUGUACUUCAAAUGAUUGAAGAUGAUAAGGCACUUGGCCAGGGGUUGAUAAUCACUGGUUUCGUUGUUCAAAUUGUGUCCUUUUGCUGUUUUGUCACAUUAGUAAUUUCAGCUCAUCGCAUAGUCAAUAGAACAAUGGUUCAAUCAACGAUGAAAGGGUAUUAUAGUUGGAGAACUUAUUUCAAGGUGCUUUAUGUUCUUGCAAUUCUAUUCUUUAUUCGAAAUAUCUUCCGAUUGGUUGAAUAUGCACAGGGAUAUGGUGGAUAUAUUUUCAACCAUGCGGUGUUUGCUUAUAUAUUUGAUGCUUCUCCUAUGUUGAUUGUUUGUAUCAUUUUGGUUAUUGUGCAUCCAGGUUUUGUUUAUGCAACGGUGCAAAAGUUCAUGAUGGGGUCAAAGGAGUUUCAGCAAGGUAGUAUGAGGGAUCAAUCAUCAAUGGAAAUGACUUGA